AUGUCCGGUCUCCCGUCAGGCUGGGAAUCCGACUACAACGGGAGCCGCUGGUUCUAUCGCUACAAACCCACGGGCCAGAUCCAGUUCCACUUUCCACAAGAUGGCGACGAGUUUCCCGACUUUGUCGACGCCAACGCGCCCGCACCCGACCUGGCACCGGAGGAGAAGCUAGAGAGCCAGCAGCAGGUCAAACGGAAGACGGAGCCCUCCGAGAAUAACGAAAAGGGACCCGCAAAGUCGUUGACGCGCGCGACGGCUGGACCAUCGGGCGGAGGCUUAGGCUCUGGGACCAAGCCCUCUCGGACUGCUGCAGGGAAGCAACAACUGAGCCCUACCGAUGAUGAUGACAACGGCGGCGAGUUCUACUACCAACCCGAGAGCUUCAUGUUCCUUGGGCCUGGCGCGUACAGUGACGUGAGCCCGCUAGGCGAAGAAGAUGACCGAGUGGACGCUGGUGCAAAACCUCCUGAGAAGGGGAGGCGCAAUGAGGACGAAAAUGCACAGGUCAAGUCAGAGGACAGCCAACCAUCCCGUUUGAGCUCCAAGGUGUCACCUAUACAAAGCGAAUCUACUACACCGCUCGUGGUCCACGGCACCCCAGUUGCUGGCGAUUCACCAGCGGCCAAGCCGAGCGUUGAGACGACACAGCCUGCUGCUGUUGUCGAGCCUCCGUCGGCCACAUCGCCAACAGUUCCGUUGCUAGACUCCCGCGAAAUGCCGCAUGAGCUACCUGCAAGCUCCCCAUGGAGCCCAGUCGGGGUGGUGGCUGAAAUGCCUACCGAACAUACGGCACAGGCGCGCAUUGAGUCUCAUCCCGACCCGGUGGAGAUGGGGGACAGUGCUGUUCUCGCGCCCAUAGAAACACACAUGGAUGUGGGGAUUGCUGAACUUCCUGAACAUACCACGCCCACCGACAGGAAGCCAGUUGAUACCUCCCAGCACGAUGAGCUGCAGCAGACCAGUCUGCCUGACCAUGUCUUGUACCAAGCCACGUUUGGGACGAUCGCGAGACCUAAAAACCCCUCGCCACCAAGUUUAGCGCAGCAGACGGCAGGCGCUUCGACGCCCGCUGAAGCGUCAACCCGAUCACAUGAACGGCAGAUCCAGGCUGCAGAAGAGCCACGCGCUCCACGGAAUGAAUCGCCCUUCAGGAUCACCAGGAAGCCGACAAACGCUGCGACAUCAAGUUCCAAGUAUCAACCAUACGCGCCUCCAGUGGCCGCUAGUACUGCCGAGCGCCCCCAUCUCGAGCAGAGAACAUCAAGCUCCCAAAGCCAGGAUCGCCGUGGCUCUUUGAUUCGCGAAGGAUCGCUGAUGUUAGGCCCACGCGAGCCGGCAAGGGUCCAGUCCGCAGAUGUACCAACUGUGCUCCAGCCUCCGCAGCUACCUCCGAAAGUUGAGGAGCAGCCUCGAUCACACCCCUCUCAAGCCCCUGUUGGCAGCAACACUGUGCCUCAUCACACUGCAUUUGCCGCCCGCGAGCAGACGCGAGCCCAGGAGAACGAGAGUGGAGCAUCAUCGGAAAGGGCUGCCCCAGCCUCAUUGAGCCAUGUGCCGUCCGUGUUGAAACCCGCGCGAGGCAAGAUGAUAGAGCGGAGCAGCACUGACAACCAACGAGGUCAUACGGACAACCCACCGCGUAUUGGUCAAAUCCACCAUACGACAACAAUGGACGUUGAUCCGCAACCAGCUUUGGGGCCACGGCCAUGGGUUCAGAGAGUGAGCACGGCGCCUCCUGGUCAGCAGCUGCACCCUUCAUCUAGCACAUCCCGAACAAAUGACUUCAGCAUACCAUCCCCGCCGCCUCCAAGGUCUUACGAAGCGUCACAAAGUCGCGACUGGUCCUCCGCGUCGCUGGCGUACCAACGCCAAGAGGUCUCGACACCCCAAGGAAGGCUACCGCGACAGCAAUCAUUCGCGUCCAGCGACGUCUCAUCCCUCGGACCGUCAUCCAGUCGCCAAUCAUCAAUAAGCAACUUUCAGACACAAUCCCCCCCUGAGAGCCUGCAGCGUCGGUCAUCCAAUAUAUCAGGAUUCUUCGCCGACGUGAAUUUAGGGGAGGAACGUUCCACAAAUCCUCCCUCAGCAUCACGUGUCGUGGCGACGGAGCCCUUUCCAUCCUACGCGCCCCCUGUACGGGAGCCUGUCACGCGACCUGCUUCUUUCGCUGGAUCGUCAUCUUCCCCCACCCACAUUCCUCAGGAUGCGUCCGAUGGUACCGCACCAAAACCUCCCAAGAUUCCGCUCAAGAUACCCCUGGAGCACAAGACCGAUAAGGUGAACAACGCGCUUUCUUCCCCAGCAGGAAAAACUAUCGGCAGUUCGAAUGUACAAUGGCCCGUAGGACAACAGCUACCAAACGCAAGUGCAUCUCUUCAGAGACCGCCGAAUGAUGUGCAACGCCGAGGAACAACUCGUCGCCAUUCUAUGCCACAAGAGCAGACGCCACCUCCCCAGCAGCAUCUAGAUCUCUCUUACAGUUCUCAUGGAGUUGUUGGUGAAGGCGCUCUCCCACAUCCUCUUGGCAAACCGCAAGAUCAGAAUCCGCCGUCUGCCCCUUUUCACUGGACCAUUCCUGGCUUGGGGUCUAGGUCAAACUCUCAGCCUUCCACACACGACAGUGGUAUUCGGCGAGUGGGCUCCUUUGCCCCUGAGAUGGCCUCGAUGGAGCCCACGCGGGAGCCCACGCGACCAUCUGAACGACCCCAACGACCCCUAGCGGGCACAAACGCGCAGCAGCCAUCGCGUUCGAACGCGUUGAUAUCGGUGCCAACUCCGGGGCACGCUCUUCUUCCAAUCCAGGAGCAACCUGAGAGCGAUCAGGGCCGCUCGUCUUCCCAACCCGUGAUACCUAUAUCUAGGCAACUGCCCAUUCCCCUGCCACAGCCUGGCCAAUUCGACAGAGCUGCGACGACUCUUCCGGUACUGCAACAACCUCCGCCUCAAGUUCACCCAGUCAUUACAGCAGAUCAUGGACGUCAGACCGCAACUGUACUGUCGGCUCAGAAGCCAGGGAUGCAGUCGCAAGGAACAUUGCCAAAAGUGGGAAGUCAGCAGUAUGUGAUGAUGGAACCACCCCCUCCUCUCCAGCACCAUCAAAGAUCUUACUCGAGUCCUUUAGGGGUUAUUGGGCCCGUGGUGGACAAGGAAAAGGAGAAGGAAAGGGGCGGCUGGUUCUCCAAGUUUAAGAAGGGCUCGCAAAAGUCUGCUGUUCUUCAGAAGCAGCCAUAUCCCGCUGCACAGAUGCAGCACUUUCAAGUUGUUCCCCAGCAGGUGCAGCAGCAGCCUCUGCAACCGCAACGCCACUCCGAGGAGGAAAUGUUGCCCCAGCACCACCAGAAUAUGCCAUUUAAUGCACAAUCUAUUGGACAGACUCCUCACAGCCAGAAAAACGCCGCGCAGUCACAGCCAGGUCCCGUUUGGGGCGUCGACCCGCACACGGUGGACUUGCCCGCUGCAACUCAAGUGCGAGUUCCUGACCAGCAGGGUCUCUUGGUUCGAUCAUCUUCGGACACCAUCAGAGAGUCAUCGGCUGUCCCUCCCACCACUCUAAAAACAGAGGUGGCGCAAUCACAAGCACUUGCUGCUGCUGCAUCAGAUGUGUCACGCACCUCGUCGCAUUCAUACGCCCCCUUGCUGGAUCGACAGGCGUCAGUAGCAUCGAGCUACGCGGCUUCGAUCUCGACGGUGGAUAUCGCCGAGGCCUAUGCGCAGCCCAUCAUGAAGCCGCAGCUCAUCACCGUGCAGAGAGUAACGACGGCGCCCCUGCAGCUAUCCUCGCAACAACAACCACGGGAAAAUGCUGGGCCAAGUCUGGUGUGGUCAGAGGAGUCUCAAGGGUACUUCCCGGCACAGCAAGUGCGGCAAGAGGUCUCACCGCCGCAUGUUGCCCAGCCGCCGGCUGCGGCGGGACAGUUGGCUCCCUCGCCAUAUAUCGCGUCGAACCAUCAGAACGUUGGGGCAACAGGAUCGUCUACACAACCGCCACCACCACAGAGGGGCAAUAGCAAAUGGACGAAGCGACCUGCUGCGGAUUACUCGGGCGGAGAUUGGGGGGACGAUACGUGGAAAUGA